GGUCACAGACAUUAGUCUUGUUGACUACAUUGGUGUUCAGCCUGCCAAGCACGCAACCUUUGUUCCCCACACUGCUGGAAGAUACUCUGUCAAGAGGUUCAGGAAGGCUCAGUGCCCUAUUGUCGAGAGGCUCACUAACUCUCUCAUGAUGCACGGGAGGAACAAUGGUAAGAAGUUGAUGGCUGUCAGGAUCAUCAAGCACGCCAUGGAGAUUAUCCACCUCUUGACUGAUGCCAACCCUAUUCAGGUCAUCAUUGAUGCCAUUGUUAACAGUGGUCCACGUGAAGAUGCGACCAGGAUUGGAUCUGCUGGUGUGGUUAGGAGACAGGCCGUUGAUAUCUCUCCUCUGAGACGUGUGAACCAAGCUAUCUUCUUGCUCACCACUGGUGCACGUGAAGCUGCCUUCAGAAACAUCAAGACUAUCGCUGAGUGCCUUGCUGAUGAGCUCAUCAAUGCUGCUAAAGGUUCUUCCAACAGCUAUGCCAUCAAGAAGAAAGAUGAGAUUGAGAGAGUUGCCAAGGCCAACCGUUAAGGGAUCUUUCUUAUCUCAAAAGAGCUUUGUGUUGUUUUCUGUAGUUUUGGGUAUGUUUCAAGAAGAUUUUCUUUUAAUGAAGUUUUGACGCUUUAAUAGACCUUGAGGAUCUUAAUCAAACAGUUUCA